AUGCAAGAGCAUCCCAGGGAGGCAGAGUCUCUUAGAAGUAAAGAUAAACUCGUUCGGUUAGGCAUUGUGCUGCUUGGAUGUAAAGGGGCUGGGAAGAGUUCAUCAGGAAACACCAUCCUGGGCAGAGAAGAGUUUCAGCCUGGACAGCGAUCUGCUGUUUGUUUGAAGAGACAGGGAGAAGUAGCAGGCAGACAGGUCACUGUGGUGGAGGCACCUGGAUGGUGGAACUAUUACCGUGUGAUGUCCAGCUCCGAAAUGACCAGAAAUGAGAUUGUGCUCUCUCAGGGAUUGUGUGGUGAAGGUCCACACUGUUUCUUUGUGGUGUUGCGAGCAGACGCCUCUUUCUCAGAAGCACACAGGGUAUCAGCUCAGGAACAUGUAAGUCUUCUCAGUGAAAGAGUCUGGAGUCACACAAUUGUCCUUUUCACCUAUGGAGACUGGCUCGGAGACACAACCAUAGAGCAGCACAUUGAGAGUGAAGGAGAGAGCCUGCGGUGGAUCAUUGGGAAAUGUGGGAACAGAUAUCAUGUCCUCAACAAUCACAACAAGGAUGAUAAAGAUCAGAUCAAGGACCUUCUGGAGAAAAUAGACGAGAUGGUGGCAGGAAAUACAAGUCGUCAGUUUCGGAUGGACUGGGAAGGAAUAAAACAGCUGCCAUCACUGAGGAUCGUUCUUUUGGGUACAAAGUACCACGGAAAGACCUCAGUAGGAAACACCAUCCUUGGGAGACACGAGUUUGAGCUGAGAAGAACUCAGUGUGUGAAGAGACAGGGAGAAGUAGCAGGCAGACAGGUCACUGUUGUCGAUGUUCCAGGAUGGUGGAGAAGCACAUUUGUGAAGCACUCUCCGGAGCUCAUCACACAGGAGAUAGUGCUCAGUGCAUCCCUGUGUCCUCCAGGACCACAUGCCGUCCUUCUGGUCAUAUGUGUGGACAUUUUCUUCACAGAAAAAGACAGGACCAUUGUUCAGGAACACUUGGAGCUUCUCGGUGAGAGAGUCUGGAGUCACACCAUGGUGCUGUUCACCUUUGGUGGGUUUAGAGAGACAACCAUUGAACAGUACAUUGAGAGUGAAGGAGAGAGCCUGCAAUGGAUCAUUGAGAAAUGUGGGAACAGAUAUCACAUUUUUGACAACGAAAAACUGGAUGAGAGCAUUAUGCGUACACAGCUGCUGGAGAAGAUUGAAGAGAUGGUAGCUGGAAAUGGUGGACGUCACUUUGAGGUCGACAAAACUCUUCUACAGGAAGUGGAGGAGAGGAGGAGUCGCCUUGAUACAAGAGUGGAGAACAGAGAGACAAAAGCUUUCAAACAGAACAGGACAAUUGACUAUGUCAUGGGAAAAGUAUUGCAUAAAUAA